AUGUCUCCUCCCGGUAACCUCUACGUCACGAUGCAGCCCAAGCCUGGGCUGUCUCUAGACCAAUUCCACGAGUGGUAUAACAACGAGCACGGCCCGACCCGACUUCGUCUUCCUCAGAUCUUCUCCAACGGUCUUCGAUAUAAAGCCACGGAUGGUCAAGAACCUACCUACCUCGCUGCUUACGACGUCACGUCCAUGCCACACCUUGAGACCGAGACAUACCUCACACUGCGUGCGAACCGAUCUCCUCGAGAAGCCGAGACCAUUGGCCAAGUUGACGUGAAGCGAUAUUUCUGGGACCUGGUUCAUUCCAACGAGUCUGACAAGUUCGUGCCCUUUGAGAAGUUGACCGACGAAGAGGCCGAGGGUCUGCAGACUACUGCGGUCACAAUUGAGCUCAAGGACGUUGAGGGUGCUGCAGACGAAUAUCAGAAGUGGCUGGUCGAGGAGCAUAUACCCAUGUUGGCCAAGGUUCCUGGUUGGUUGCGCUCGCGCGCCUUCAAGACUUCGUAUCUUGAGGGGCAGGGCAAGACAACUUUCCUUGCGCUGCAUGACUAUGCUAAGGAGAAUGGCCAGGGUGGAUCGGAGCACAAGGCCUCGAUGGACACUCCAUGGCGCACCAAAGUCUUUGACAACUUUGUUGCUUCAAAGGGUCGAAGGACAUAUUCUCUCUUCUAUGUGUUUGGACCUGCUCCUCGAGAGCUGGAAGCGCUGUCAAAGUUGCCCUCGACAGCUGCUUUCACCUCACCCGACUCAAAGCAAUCUACAACACCUGGACCCAAUGCUGCUAUCAACUCUUUCAUCACAACUUCAGAUUCUCUGGUCAUUCCCUACCGACUGGAGGGUAACCCAGACCCCAAGGCUCCUACAAUUGCUUUCACCAAUUCACUGUUGACUUCGCUGCACAUGUGGGAUCCCCUCGUUGAGAUCCUCAAGCGAGAGCGCCCUGAGUUCCGAAUUCUCCGAUAUGAUACCCGUGGCCGACAUGCCGUGCCUCAGCCUCCCGUAGCUGCUACCGUGGAUCGUUUGACUGACGACAUUCGAGAAGUGCUUGAUGCCCUUCGCAUCACCAAGCUUCAUACUCUUAUUGGUGUUUCAUUCGGCGGUGUUACUACCCUGAACUUCGCUAUCAAGUACCCCGAGCGUCUUCAGCAGUUCAUUGCUUGCGACUUCAACCCUACAUCAAGCGCUGCCAACACACAAGCGUGGAAGGACCGCACAGCUCUGGCCGAGGAGGACAACGGCAAGGGUAUCGAGAAGCUCGCUGGACAAACCGUCCAGCGAUGGUUCCAUCCCUCUACCAACGCUGAAACUGUCAAGUGGAUGACAGAAAUGGUCGCCGCUAAUGACGUUGAGGGCUUCAAGUACAGCAAUACAGCACUCUGGGAUUACGACCUCAAGCCUAAGAUGGGUGGCUGCAAAGUCCGCGGCUUGUUUGUCGUUGGAGAGGAAGAUGCCAAGGGUGCUCUUGUUAAGGCUAUGGAUGCAAGCAAGGGGCUACUUGGUGAUAAUGGCGCGGAGUUGAAGAUUGUUCCUCAAACGGGCCAUCUUCCUAUGGCUGAGAAUCCCCAGGCUUUCUGGGAGGCUGUAAAAGAAUUCUUGUGA